GCGAUAAUAGCGCAGAGCGCAAUGGACUGCAGGAGUCCCAGAGAGAUGAUUUCUCGUACCACAAACAAGGCGUUUCUUUUCACGCUUACCUACACGGCUGCUCUCUGCUUAGGAUGUGCUGGUUUGGGAUUGGUCUUUUCUCUGACGGGGGUCGCCCAGUUGGAUCUGGCUGAAAUCUACAACUCUAACGUCGCAUCGGUAUCUCACCUGAUAACGUGCAGGUCCGUCGGGACAGUGCUCGGAGCUCUCAUUGGAGGCCGUCUGUUCGACAAAUACAACCCUCAUCUUCUUCUCAUCCUCUCCGUGGCCAUAACGUCGUUCACAUUCGCAUUACUGCCUCUGAGUGUGAAUUUAUACCUCGCAUACCUCGCCAGUCUUGUGAAUGGUCUCGGAGUAGGAGCAUUCGGUACAGGUGCCCAGGUUCGCCUGAUCAGACUAUGGCCUACCAAUCCUGGUCCUGCGCAGCAGACCUACAACUUCUGCUUUGGCGCGGGAUGCUUAUUAGCCCCACUACUCGCUGAGCCAUUUCUCUCAAGCCCUGCAAGCGCAUCGUUCGGCUCCGGAAACCAGACGUGGGUUCAGCCUUUGCCAGUGCUGAAGGAAGUACAUCGUAACACAAGUUUUUCUCAUGUGUCCGAAUCGGAGUCCAAUAUCCGAUACGGAUUUCUCGUCGUCAGCGCUUUUCUCGCAUUCGUUUUUCUGAUUAUGUUCGUCCUGUUCUUAAUCCGUAACCACAAAAAAGAAGAAACAGAGGAACUCGAACAGAAGGAUAGUCGCUCUGUGCAGUUAUCCCCUGAUAACGUACGAUUCUCUUGGAUAGUAACUGGACUGGGGGCGUCUUACAUAUGCGCAUGCGUCGCCAUGGAAUCCGCCUACGGACACAUGCUGACGACGUUUGCGGUCAUGUGCGACCUCCACUUCGCAAAAUCAUCCGCUGUGUAUCUUACCGAAGCUUUCUACAUUACCUUUACAUUUACGAGAGUACUGGCGGCCUUGGUAGCGUUAAAAGUGUCACCGUUCGGAAUGCUGCUCACUUCGAAGCUUAUCCUUCUCAUCACAUUCACGGUUCUUUCAUUGCUGGGUUCGAGAUCGAGAGCUGUACUUUGGAUAGGCACAAUGAUAUUUGGCAUGGGGCUCUCUGCAGUGUUUGGUGGCGUAAUUUCCUUCUGCGCCAAACACGUUGUUUUCACUAACUCGAUGAUGUCUGUGCUUAUUUUCAUGGAUGGUUUGGGCACAAUAUCGCCCGUUGUUGUUGGGCAGUUCAUUGUUCAGUUUCCCAUGAUGCUGAUGUACACAUGCACGGCAACUGCGGUCGUGAUGAUGGUAAUUUUAGUCAUAAUGCACGUACUUACCAAGAACAGAGGUAAGGGGAACACUAAAGUGGUAGCCCUAGAACGAGAAACAAACAGUGGGUUGGGACACCAGCUAGACAAAAGAGGAGCGUGAUAGCAACACUUUUACUAGAUUGCGUUAUAAAUUGUCAGUAAUUCCCGAUAUGUCCGCUGUACGGCAGGUAGCGUGAGCAUGUAAUUGUUAAGGUGCACCUAUGCCGUACAACCUCUUCAGCAGUGGUAUUAGAUGACUGAGUGUCUUCACGUGGAACACGUACACGCAAUGCCUAUAACGUUAAAGGAUGACUUUGGAACGAUCUUUGAAAAAAAAAUUGUUGCACGACGCUUUUGGUACAUACUGGCCUCCAAAUACCGGCUAUGGGCAUGGUUUCCCCCUUACGCGAUGUAUUCUGCGGACGUAUCAGCUAAUCUAAAUCGAAACUACUGUCGGGGGAGGAAACCCUUUCCCAGAGCGCCCGCACGAACCCGACGCAUGACGUCACCGGGUAUGUAGAAGCAGCAGAAGUACGCGUGUGUCGCGGCCGGUUAUAAUGGUUGAGGAGCAGUGUUCCGUCAUGGGUUCAGGCCAUAUUACGAUCCUGUAUACUAUUCGUCUGACUCGGACGAGUGCGAUGAAGUUUCUUCAGAGCUACCGUUGGACGCGGACAUCAACAUGCGUGUUACACGGGUGUUCGCUGCGUAUGACGAGUCUUCCUUCAGAUUAUUUCUAUCAGACUUGUGCCGACUACCAAAUAAGGUAAUAUGAGCACCACCCUGUAUAUUCGUACCUCUUUGGGUCUUCCUUUUGCGGACGCACCCGGUUGAGUCAGCAUAUAGGAACACCGAGGAAGAGCGUAGGAACAGUGUGGCUCCGCAAUACUUUUCGUUCUUGGAAGACAAAUAGUUUCAUAAGAAAACUCUCGUUGCUGGGUUGAGUCCGUGUCGUCCACUUCCCUCCGUGUUCCAUCUGUGUCUUGUCCUUCCUCAGACUCAAGGAAAUGUUGCCGCUCUCAGCGUUCUAUCAGCUCACUUGCACCCUUCUGAUUUGUUCUUCACAAAUAUCUUGUGCAUCAGACGUGCUCUGAUGUCGAACACCUCAGAUUCGAAAUGGUAGCAAUAUAUUCUAGGCUCUGUCUAAACAUUCCCCUCAUUCCAGUCUUUCGGAGCGCUGCCUCUCACUCACGGCGACGCCCUUUUCAUCUGUCGGGAUGCGAAAGUAAGCAACACCCGAUGUAGAAAUGUUGCCGAAAGUUUUCAUGCAACACCUCGCAUUACCUCUCUGAUUACUCACUGUUGAACAAAAAACGAGAAACCUACAAGGCGUUGAAUGCACACAAGAACAGAUCAAGCGGACACAUACCCAGUGAUGCAGGAAUGGAGCCUAGUGUUGCUUGCAACACGUCCUUCAAGCGGCGGUUCAGAACCGCCUCACAUUCCAAACAUUAUUUGUGACGUCUGCGCUGUUUUCAGCCGAGAUAUUCCGUAACUGGGUUGGGAACAUGUCAAUAACCGGAAAAGUAACAGAAGCGUGCAACCGAUUUUCCUCCGAAGUCUCCCUUUAAGUAAAAGGUGGAAAAUUUACAAUGCAUCACUUUCAAAAAUAUGUAAGUGCUGUCAAUUGUCAAUUGAAAGACAACAGACAGGUCCAUCUACAGUCAAUAGACAACAGGUUGACUUCUCACUCCCGUUCUAUAGAUACUCGGCCCGUUGUUUUCUUUUUUUUUUUUUUUUGGGGGGGGGGGCUGGGAAUAUUGAUUGUCCUAUCGGUUUUACUGACUUUUCAGUGUCUUUCCUGAUGGAAGAUGGUUGGAUGGAAGCGCAUGCAGUUUAUACUUUAGCAGCUGACAUGUGGUAGUUACCAUGCACAAUGAUACUCCUUUCGAAAAGCCCCUUGUAGAAGUUCAUAUAGGACCGAUUUUCAAGCUUAUUGUAUGUGAGCUUAUGAGUAAAGCGAGCCAUACGAGUUGUGUGAGCAGACAGCAUACAGAGUACGGAAACCGUAAGCUCCAUGGGCCUCUUAUGUGUAGCCUCAUUGAGAAUCGGACCUGAACGCAGUUGAAGAGUUGCACUAUACAGGCAUUUGAACGUAUAUUUGCGACCUUGCAAACAAUAUGAGCUGAAAGGCUUGUAUUAAAUAAAGAUAUUUUUCCUGA